GAGGGCGACUGCCGAACAGUACUUUGGGGAAGGGAACUGGGAGGUUGGAACUUGGAACUUGGAGCUGCAAGGUUCUCAAUGUUUUCGUCAGUCAGUGUCAGGACACCGUUCUCUCAAGGUGCUCUUUCGAAAGAGUGAAAUGACCGGAGAGUGAUGGGAUGGAUUUUGCCUUAGGCGGGUAGAUGCCAAACGUGGUUUAUCGAUCAAUAUAUGUCAAGAGCCAUCUUUAACAAUCGACACUUCACAUUUAUUUCACUUGAGGAUAUUCAAAACAUUGAAGAAAUAUUGAGUGUUUGUUGGACAUUCACUAUCUUCUCUGGUGGCGUCACAUCACCCUAUUUCAAGGCAAUUUGGAGUUGACUGAUUGCCUCAAUCAUGGUUGGACUUUGGCUGACUUCACUUUUUCUUGGUUCUCUUGGCUUAGUGGACGGUGGCUUCAGCCAGGGGUUGCCUCAACAUGCGGAUCCCUCGACUUCACAUCUGUCCCAGCUACCCCGAUCGUCCUCCUCAUCUUCGCCAUGGUUCGUUACCAGGGACUUUUCUGAAGACCCUUGGAUCCUGCAUGACACAUCCUCGCCCGUAUUUCUGAGGCUCUUUGACGAGACCCUUAGCUGGGUCGAGGCCGAGGAGGUUUGUCAAAGACACUUCGGACAUUUGGUCAGAGAUGGAAAUGGAAACGAGGCUUUCGUCCACGAUUUUUUGUCCUCUUUAGACAUUUCCAACGAGAUUUGGAUCGGGCUCUAUCAAAACUCUCCUUUUGAGCGCUUUCAAUGGUCGGACGAUCUGACUUCCUCAUUCUCGGCCCCUCCCCCCAAUUUUGUGGACGAGCGCACGCCCAUCCCGCCCUCUUCGAGCGUGUGGCCGGAUUUCAGCGAGGAGAGUGAUCUCGGGAUGUGCGUGUCUGUGAACCCAUCAUCUGGAUAUCGAUGGAACACUCGAUUCUGCAAUGGCCCAGACAAGGCUGUGUUCGUGUGCCAGGUUCCAGUUCCCAAGUGGAUUGAUGAGAGCGAAUGUCGCUUUAAUAAUAUGCCCUCCACAUUGCAACCCGAAUCGCCAGCCUCAUCCUCAUCAAUGGGAGUUUCGCCUAGCAGGGUUGGCUCCAAUCCUUCCAACUUGUUCCAUCCGGUGUUCCAAGAUAUCUCUUAUUUUCCACAUAACGACUCGGUUCAAGUCAGAUUCCAGUGUCGCUCCAAGAACGCUCGGAUCAAUGGAACAGUUCAACUGAAAACGUGCUCUUUUGAGGGAACAUCCACGCCUUUCAAGAGAAAAAUGGACCAUCUGAGCGUUGUUGGUCCCACGUCUCCGCUCCUUCAUCCUGGUAUUUCAAAAUCGUCUUCUCCGUCCAAAAGCAGCGAGAGAGACGCAUUCACCAGCUCCUUAUGCUCUAGUGAGGAGGCCACCACCCUCAACCAAAUUGACCGAGACCUGGAUCUUGAAUCAAGUCCUUUUCAAGAACAAAUUCGAUCUACGCCCUUUCAAUCCGUCGAUUGCGGCCUGGGUUUCGAUUGACUUCGGCCCUGGAGGAAGGGAUAGAAAUCUUGUUGGUCAAUUGACCCCUCUUCUUCAAAGGCAUCUAGGUGACAUUGCUGCCCAUGAACAUUGAGCAAUGACGAAUGCUUGAGGACAAAAUUAAACUUUCAUUUGGGUGGGCCAACGAUGCUGGACAACAUGUUUGUUAUUUGUUCGAUUAUUGACUCUGUGUAGUGAUCUUGAUUCCAUGAAAAAGAAAUAUAAAAAGUUACAACUUUGA